AAAGUUGGAAAAAUAAAAUAAUACGACUGGAGACAGUCUAAGGGAAAACUACGAGACAAUAGAAUAUGUUUUUAAAAAUUGUAUUAGGCGUGCUUUUUUGCAGCAUAGCUUUGGCCUCGGCCGAUACCUAUGAGGGUUAUAAAAUCUAUGAUAUUAAUGAAAAUGAUUUCGAAAAGGAAGUUUUACAUCGUUUGUCCAACAAUGAAAACUAUGACUUCUUUGCCUUACCCAAGUCUAUGGAUGAAGCUGCUCGUGUUAUGAUCCAACCUGAUGAUCAAGUUGAAUUUGAAAAUACUUUAAAUAAAUUUGGUCUUGAUUUUACUGUGGUGGAUGAAAAUGUGGGUCAAACUGCUGAAUUGGAACGUGCCCAAAAUAACUUUCUGCGCACCGUUUUGGAUACUUCUUCUCGCAUUAGUUUCUCCAACUUCCAACGUUAUGAUGCCAUUCUGGCCUAUUUGGAUGAGUUGGCUAAAAGCUAUCCCAGUCGUGUUACCGUUAAGACUAUUGGCAAAACCUAUGAAAAUCGUGAUUUGAAAGCUAUAACUAUUAGCAAUGGUGAUGGCAGAUCUGGUAAGAAAGUUAUUCUAAUGGAUGCCGGUAUUCAUGCUCGUGAAUGGAUUGCUCCCGCUGGUGCUUUAUAUGUUAUUCAGCAAUUGGUGGAGAAUUACUCGGCUAAUAGUAAUUUGUUAAAGGAUUACGAUUGGGUUAUUGUUCCCGUAGCCAAUCCUGAUGGUUAUGAAUACACUCACACUAAGUCUCGUAUGUGGCGUAAGACCCGUAAACCCUCCAGCACCAAUUGUUAUGGUACCGAUGGCAAUCGUAACUUUGACUUCCACUGGGGUGAGGUAGGUGCCUCCAGUCUUUCCUGUUCGGAUACUUUCAAGGGUACCACUGCUUUCUCUGAACCUGAAACUCAAGUUCUACGUGAUUUAAUGCGUUCUUUAACCGGUCGUGCCAAGAUGUACUUGACUUUGCAUUCCUAUGGCAACUAUUUGCUAUAUCCUUGGGGUUAUACAUCCGCUCUUCCCGCCACCUGGAAAGAUAUGGAUGAAGUUGCCCAAGCUGGUGCUGCCGCUAUUAGAUCAGCCACUGGUACUAAAUAUACUGUUGGUUCUUCCACCAAUGUUUUGUAUGCUGCUGCUGGCGGUAGUGAUGAUUAUGCCUUUGCUGUUGCCAAUAUUCCCGUCGCCAUUACCAUGGAAUUACCUGCUGGUGGCACUGGUUUCGAUCCUAAACCUGCCCAAAUUGAACCUUUCGUUUCGGAAACUUGGAUUGGUAUUAAGGCUAUGGCUGAGAAAAUUAUUUCCAAAUAUUAAAUAAGGAAUGUGUAGCGAAAACGAAAUAAAUUUGAGAUUAUUUGAUUGAUAUUGAAAUGUAAAA